AUGCCAUCCUCUAUAGCAAUAGUUGAGGAGCAAUCUGUGCCCAGCUACGUCGAGUGCCACGUCCUGGGGCAAGUAAUUGUGCGCCGCCUUCCGGUCUCCGAAGCACCGCUGAAAAUAGGAGCUCAACUUGUUUACACAAUUUCCUCAAUUCAAUCUACGAGUGGGGCCAUCCGUCACCUAACGAUGCUCCAGCAACCAGUUCCUGAACUGCGCAGUUUCCAGUCGCUUUCCAAAUAUGCGGGAGGUCCGAGAUCAGUUCUUGGACGCCGUACAUCAAAUGUUGCUACGCGCCGAAUGUCCCAGACCAAAAAGCGGUUCGACGAUCUCGAGGCAAUUGGAUCGGUCUGUGGUUCAAAGGAAACGGUUUCGGAAUUGGGCAAGCAGGGACCAUCUUCCGAGCCAUCCGUACAACGAUGGGAUAAGCAAGUGGAGUGGGGUGAUGAGGAACGAAUCGAAGAUUUGGAUGAUCUCCCCUAUCCAGGUUUCGCCGAACCAGCACUCCGAUGUUUAAAACAAGCUCAACCGCCACGAUCAUGGUGUCUGACACUGGUGAUGAGCCCAUGGUUCGAUAGGGUAACAAUGAUCGUAAUCCUCAUCAACUGUGUAACAUUAGGAAUGUAUCGGCCGUGCGAUGACGGUCCCGAUUGUACCACAUAUCGUUGCAAUAUACUCGCCUUAAUUGAUCAUGCUAUAUUCGCUUAUUUCGCAGCAGAAAUGGUCAUAAAAAUUGUUGCUCUCGGCUUCACUGGGCCGGCUGCAUAUUUGUCGGACACAUGGAAUCGACUCGAUUUCUUUAUUGUUAUGGCAGGGAUAACGGAGUUUUUGCUUCAAGAAUAUCUGGGCGGUAACAUCAACCUUACGGCUAUCCGUACGGUCCGAGUGUUGCGACCACUUCGAGCCGUAAAUCGGAUACCAUCGAUGAGGAUUCUUGUGAAUCUUCUGCUGGAUACACUGCCGAUGUUGGGAAAUGUUUUGCUGUUAUGUUUCUUUGUGUUUUUCAUUUUUGGAAUAGUUGGAGUUCAGCUUUGGGCGGGUCUACUACGAAACCGAUGUGUGAUCAAUUUACCAAAAACUAUAUCGGAGAAUCAGAGCGCACUAUUCAAUGAUGUAAAAUUAACCAGGUUUUAUAUUCCCGAGGAUACCUCGUUAGAAUACAUAUGUAGUCAAGCGGAUGCAAACGGGUUGCACACCUGCUCCAACCUUCCUCCGUACACUGUGGAUGGAGUAAAGUGCAAUUUAACCAUAGAAAACUAUGAUCAAAUUAGUGAUAAAGCGUGUAUCAACUGGAAUAUCUAUUACAACGAGUGCCAGGUCAUGCAACGGAACCCAUUUCAAGGCUCAGUGUCGUUUGAUAAUAUAGGAUUCGCAUGGGUAGCGAUUUUUCUAGUUAUAUCGCUGGAGGGAUGGACGGAUAUCAUGUACUAUGUCCAAGACGCCCACUCUUUCUGGAACUGGAUCUAUUUUGUGUUACUCAUAGUUAUAGGUGCUUUCUUUAUGAUCAAUUUGUGCCUUGUUGUAAUUGCAACACAAUUCGCCGAGACAAAACGUCGAGAGACUGAACGAAUGUUACAAGAACGAAAACGACUACAAAAUCGUAGCCCAGACUCUAUUUCCGGAAGUGGAAGCGAACUCGGCGGCACCUCUUCAAAGGAGGAUGGUGGCGAUACAGUUUAUGCGGCUAUCGUUCGUUUCAUUGGACAUACGUUUCGAAAGACAAAACGUCAUGUCAGAAGAAAAUUUAAUGCGUAUAUGCAACAAAGACGUGAAAAAAAGAAGACAGAGUCAAAGAAGCGACGAAAGUCGAAGCUGGAUAACAUGGCGACAUUGUCUCGAAUUGAAGAACGCACAGAUGAAGAGGAUGAUGUUGACGCUGCAGCUGAAAAUACCACGUCAAAAAAGCGAUCACGUAAAGUCACCAUCGAUGACGAACAAGACAAAAUUGGAAACGGUAGUGCAGCAGGCCAUGUAGGUCUUAGUACUACUAAUAGCGAUGAAAGCUCUGCUAGUGAAGAUGUAUGGUCUGAGAACGAAGAAGUGAAGACAGUGACAAAGCAGCCACAGUCACCGUCCCGUUGGCGCUGGUUUCGGGAAAAAGUACGUCGCUUCGUCGUAUGCGAUCACUUUACACGAGGGAUUCUUGUGGCCAUACUUGUUAAUACGCUUAGCAUGGGAGUCGAGUAUCACCAACAGCCCGAAUUUCUCACCACAAUUCUUGAAUACUCCAACUUAUUUUUCACGGGUCUUUUUGCGUUUGAAAUGUUUUUAAAAAUUUUUGCUGAUGGUUUAUUUGGCUACUUGUCUGAUGGUUUCAACCUUUUUGACGGUGGCAUUGUGGCGCUAAGCGUUUUGGAAUUAUUUCAAGAAGGAAAGGGAGGUCUGUCAGUGCUCCGCACAUUUCGACUGCUACGAAUCCUGAAGUUGGUACGGUUCAUGCCAGCGUUACGAUACCAAUUGGUCGUCAUGCUUCGAACCAUGGAUAACGUCACUGUCUUCUUCGGUCUCCUUGUGCUGUUCAUAUUUAUUUUUAGUAUACUUGGCAUGAACUUAUUUGGAAAUGUGAACGAAAGAAUUUCGACACUCUACUCUGGGCGCUCAUCACUGUUUUUCAAUACUCUAGGAAUGGUGCUUUUUGGUUGCAAAUUUUGCAAUCACAAGGAGACUGAGUUAAAAUGUACAUGCCAGGAGAUAUCCAAUAAUGAAUGUGAUUGUGAUCGUACAAAUUUCGAUUCAUUUCUUCAUGCGACUGUUACUGUAUUCCAGAUUCUUACGCAAGAAGAUUGGAAUAUGGUGCUUUUCAAUGGCAUGGCGCAAACGAAUCCUUGGGCUGCUCUUUACUUUGUAGCACUUAUGACAUUCGGAAACUAUGUGUUAUUCAACCUUUUGGUAGCCAUCUUGGUUGAAGGAUUUCAAGAGAGUAAGGAGGAGGAGAAGCGGCAACAGGAAGAAGAUGCGAAGAAGAAAGCACAAGAAGAAGAGGAUGAACGUAAAAAAGAACUGGAACUAUUGUUAGCAAGAUCCACAUCUCCAGCUUUUCUUAAUGGUACACAAGGUGGCGGGGAUUGUACAUGUGUGCCGAAGCCUAUCCUCCCUAUACGAGACGAUCAUGAGAUCAUUACAAACACUCCCGAUGGGCAAGGAUUGAGUUCAACUGCUGAGAAGGAUAGCAACCUUCAAAUACCACCAGAUCGUCGAGUGGCUCUCGCGCGCCAUUCCUCGCCGAUUCACACGCAUGACUACGAGGACGGGGCUAAAAGGCUAAACAGACACACAUCAUUAGUCCUUUGUGGCCAGAACGGUGGACCUACCCACCGACAGCGUAUCCACAGUUGGAGUGGAUUAUGUCAACAUUUCAAUCCACAUUGUCCAAUCCACGGUCGUCGAGCUCUUCUGGAGACAUACGCCCGUGAAAAGUUCAUCGAGGCAAGUCAAGAGUUGAAGCAGGCGUUAGCUGAAGAGGAGAGGCGGAACGAACAAAAGCAAAACACCUGUUUUCGAAGAUUCCUACGGAAGACUUGCCUGUACAAGAAGGCUGAGUAUUCAUUGUUCUGUUUUGGGCCUAAAAAUCCUUUUCGGAUCAGAUGUUUACAACUUACGCAAAAGAAGUGGUUCGAUUAUUCUAUUCUCGUAUUUAUUGGAAUAAACUGCAUCACUCUUGCCAUGGAAAGACCGUCUAUUCCACCUCAAAGCUUUGAACGAAAAUUUUUGACUUUUUCUGGAUAUGUUUUCACGAUAAUAUUUACCUUUGAGAUGGCGUUAAAAGUUAUUGCAAAUGGUUGUGUGCUAGGUCGUGGGGCAUAUUUCAAGGAUGGUUGGAAUAUUCUGGAUGGGAUAUUGGUUAUCAUUUCCCUAGUAAAUGUGCUAUUUGAGCUGUUUGCCACUGGCGAUUCUCCAAAAAUCUUUGGAGUGAUUCGUGUGUUGCGAUUAUUACGAGCGCUUCGGCCAUUACGUGUGAUCAAUCGUGCGCCUGGCGUCAAACUUGUUGUUAUGACAUUAAUAUCGAGUCUGAAACCCAUCGGAAAUAUUGUGCUCAUCUGCUGCACGUUCUUUAUUAUCUUCGGUAUACUCGGUGUGCAGUUGUUUAAGGGUAUGAUGUUUCAUUGCGUUGGACCCGACAUUGCUAAUGUGACCAACAAAGCUAAUUGCCUGGAAGAUUCACGAAAUAAAUGGGUGAAUCAUCGAUAUAACUUCGACAAUCUAGGACAAGCCCUAAUGUCGUUAUUCGUCUUAUCUAGUAAAGACGGAUGGGUGUCCAUUAUGUAUCAAGGAAUAGAUGCUGUAGGUGUAGACCUUCAGCCAAUCGAAAACUACAACGAAUGGCGUAUGAUCUAUUUCAUUUCAUUCCUUCUACUUGUCGGAUUCUUCGUUCUGAACAUGUUCGUAGGAGUUGUUGUGGAGAAUUUCCACAAAUGUAAAGAAGCUCUCGAAAAGGAAAUGCGCGAGAAAGCCAGAGAGAAACGUCUACAAAGGAAGCUCAAACGGCAGAAAUAUGAAGAGAGUGUAGCUGGAAAGAAAAAGAAAGUGAAGAAAAAUCAACCAUACUGGCAUAAUUAUGGAACAACGAGAAUGUUCUUAAACGGUGUUGUGACAUCGAAAUAUUUCGACCUCGCUAUUGCCGCAGUUAUUGGCAUCAAUGUCAUUUCUAUGGCAAUGGAGUUCUACAUGAUGCCAGCUGGUCUGAAGUACGUACUAAAAGCAUUGAAUUACUUCUUCACUGCUGUUUUUACUCUGGAAGCUGCAAUGAAGCUUGCCGCUCUUGGCGUCAGAAGAUUCUUCAGCGAGACAUGGAAUCGACUGGAUAUGUUUAUCGUCUUCCUGUCUAUUGCUGGUAUAAUUUUCGAAGAGUUUGAAGCAUUGGAACUGCCUAUAAAUCCAACAAUCAUCAGAGUCAUGCGAGUGCUACGUAUUGCACGAGUGCUGAAGUUGCUGAAGAUGGCAAAAGGUAUUAGAUCGUUGUUGGAUACCGUAGGAGAAGCGCUUCCACAGGUAGGAAAUCUGGGAUCGCUUUUUUUCUUACUCUUCUUCAUUUUUGCUGCCCUCGGAGUUGAACUAUUUGGAAAGCUUGAAUGUUCCGAGGAUCAUCCCUGCGACGGUCUGGGAGAACAUGCACAUUUUAAGAACUUUGGCAUGGCUUUUCUGACACUCUUUCGAAUAGCAACAGGUGACAACUGGAAUGGAAUAAUGAAGGACGCUCUCCGGGACGAUUGCGAUUCAUCUGAUCGUUGCGAGACAAACUGCUGCGUUGAUCCUAUUCUUGCUCCAUGUUUUUUCGUAAUAUUCGUCCUGAUUUCACAGUUCGUGCUCGUUAACGUUGUCGUUGCUGUGUUGAUGAAACACUUAGAAGAGAGCAACAAACGUGACUCCGAAACAACUGACGCUCCUGAAGGUGUUCCAGAAGUGGAAAAAGAAAAAGACACCGACAUCGAGGACGGUAACACCGAGAAAGAAAUUUCGAUGAAUACACUUGAGCAAGAAUUGAUCGAAGUGGAACAUCGAAUUGAAGAAGAAAUUCGACGACGAGAAAGCUGUUGUCAUACAGAAGCUGAACUUCAACCUCUCUACGGCAGUAAUGAUACCUGUAGAGAAGAGGAAUGCGACUAUGAUGAAGACUUGUCUGUGGAACGCCCAACGAACGACUUUAUUAGACUAACAAGCGGGAAUGUAUCUCCUGGUUCGUCGCCGAAAAAGUGA